AUGAUUGUUUCUAUUAAUGGAGAGACAAGAAAAAUUAUAUGGCAAAAUCCAGUGCCUUCUUCGGUGAGAUUCUGUCGUCCUAUCCGGGCUCGGUUCAUUCACGAAACAAAGGAUAUCACAAAGGAAGAAAUCACCUAUAUUGAAGAACAAGCAAGGAAUCUCAAAGAAAUUACUGGUAUGGAAGUUUCGGUUAAAAUAAAUCACAACAUUUUGCUCACAAUGGUCGAUGGAAAGGUGUGCAAUGCCGCGACUGAUACGGCUUCAACAAUGAGAUGCUACAUAUGUGGACAAACAUCUAAGGACUUCAAUAAACUUGAAAUAGGUAAUGUUUGUGAAGAGUCUCUGAAAUUUGGACUAUCCAUUCUGCACGCAAGAAUUCGUUUCUUCGAGCUAUUGUUGCACCUGGCGUAUAAAGCGCCCUUACAGAAGUGGCAAGCCCGAACGGCAGAAGACAAAAAUAUUUUGAAAGAAACAAAACAGAAAAUACAAUAA